UGGCAGUGGCUCAAGCGCAAGAAGGGGGGGGGGCGGCUGGGGGGGGCGGCUGCCAUGCCCGGCGGGCGCCACCGGGCCCCUCUGGCGGCGGCGGUGGCGGGCGGCGGCGGCCAGCGUGCUCUGAGGCGGCUCGCGACUGGCUGCCUGAGCGGCGCCGCUGCUGCGGCGCUGCUACCGAUGGCGCUGCUGGCGGCGGCCCUGCCCGCGGCACUCUGCGGCGCCGCGGCGCCGCGGGCCGCCUGCCGCGCGCUCGCGCGGCCGCGGCAGGAGAGUCCAUCCCCGCCUGCCCGCCCCGGCGCGGCCGCUCCGCCGUGGCGGCCGUUGCGGGCGCGGGCGCCGGAGGCGCGCCCAGCAACGGUUGCGCCGAGGUGGCGCGCUUCCUGGCGCGGGUGGCGCCGCCGUUGGACGGCAGGUCACACAAGGGGGAGGGCGGGCGCAUCGCCGUCCUGGGGGGAUCCGCCGACUUCACGGGUGCGCCGUACUACGCCGGGAUGGCGGCGCUGCGCACCGGCGCGGAGCUGGUGUACGUGCUGGCGGCGAGGGAGGCGGCGCUGCCGCUCAAGGCCUAUUCGCCCGAAUUGAUGGUCACACCAGUCUACUCCGGCGACGGCUCGGCCUCGGCGGUGAGUGGCGCCGUCGAGCGGAUGAUACCGAGGCUUCACGCCCUGGUGGUGGGGCCCGGGCUGGGCCGCAAGCCGCAGGUGCUGCGCGGCGCCGCGAGGGCGGUGGAGCGGGCCGCCGCCGCGGGGGUGCCGGUGGUGGUGGACGCAGACGGGAUGCAGGCUGUCAUCGAGCACCCGAACUGCGUGCAAGCUGGGGGCGUGCUGCUCACGCCGAAUGCGGCCGAGUACCGCCGUCUGCUGGAGGCCGCCGGCAUGGGCACUGUCAUGGCGCGGGAGGGCGAGAAGCUGGAGCGGCAGCUGAUGGCACUCUGCUCCGAGCUGAGCGGCGGCAGCCGGAAGCACGAGCUGACCAUCUGCCUCAAGGGGGCGACGGACCUCGUCGCCACCCCUAGUACGGUGGUCGCCUGCACCGAGCCGGGCACGCCCCGCCGGAGUGGGGGCUUCGGCGACGUGCUCGCGGGGACAAGCGGGGCGAUCCUGGCGUGGUUGCGGAUGAGCGGCGGAGGCGGCGGAGCCGGCGGAGCCGGCGGAGCCGGCGGAGCCGCGGACGCGGCGUUGGCGGCCUGCACGCUGGUCCGCCGCAGCUGCCGGGCCGCCUUUCUGCGCCGGAAGCGCGCGAUGACCGCGCCGGACGUGCUGGAGGAGAUCGGCGAUGUCUUCGAGGAACUGUGCCCCACGCCCUUGGACCUGUGA